GGUUUUUUUUUUUUUUUUGUGUUGUACAGGUCAGGACACUGAAAUUCUUACAAAGAAAGCUUUUGUUUAAAUAGAUACACUUGCAAGGACAAAAUGAGUUAUUGAAUUGUAGUAUAGGGCUGUCUCAUUCCUUGUAGAAUGAUGAAACUGCAGCAGAAAUAAGCACAAGUUAAGUUUUAUAUUUCUCAUAAAUGAAACCCCAAAGAGACAACCAUUGUCACUUGAAUUUCUGGCUUUACAUUAUGUUCCUAGAAUACACAACUGAAAUGGAAAUUUGUGAAUUAAAUUAAGACCAGAACUAUAAUUUAUUGUAAUGGAAGGAAAAUCUGAAUAUGUUACACAAAGAGUAUUUUUAGAAUUGGUUGAUUGUAAAAAGCUGAUAGCUUUUUCUACAUUAAGAUUAUUUUAGUCUGAAGAAGAAAGUGGUGCUUUAUUAGUAGAACAAGCCUGGUAUGAAGCUCAUAUUGUUGCAUAAAAGUAUUUUUUACUGUUGCACCAAGAUAUGUCCUUUCCUUCAGUGGGGAGGUCUUCUCACAGACUUAUUAUAAGGUGUGUAAGGAAUUUUAGUUUUGAUGUAAAUAAGAAGAUAUUCUGAAAUGUUUCUACUCAGCCCUUCUGAAAUAAGAAAUUGUACAUGUGAAGCAGAAGAAUACAAGUCUGAGGUUAAGUAUUAUCUUGCACAGUAACUUGUAAAUACAAACAGGAGAAAUAUGGUAGUGCCUGUCGAAUACUGAAAAUACUAGUUUAUGAGCCUAAGGCUAGCUUAAAAUAUGUGGCAGAAACAAACCACAAUCAGAAAUACCCCAAACGAUCACCACUUUACAACCUAUCUCCCUCUGGCAUCAUACAAGAUAUUGCUGAGCAACAAGAGUUCUGUCAAGGCCUGGCUCAACACUUGCCAUCUGCUCUCACCCCAACACCUUCAGUUUCUGUGUACCCCCUUCAUGCUUGACCUCUUCUGCCUCUCCUCAGGUAUUUCACCUGCCCUGCCACUGCUUCCAUUGCACUUGCCGGGAUGGACCUGCAGCCCUUGCCCUGGCUGCUGCUGAUUGUCUUCCUGGUGCUGCACAGGUCACAGAGGGGAACCAUCAUCUGGUGCUGCAUUCUUCUCCCUUCACUUACUCCUGGCUUUCUUUCCAUCUUGAGGGGGACAGCUUCUGCUGUGCCUCUGCUCUCAGUGUGACAAAGCAUUCAGCACUGGGUGGCCACAUUGUGGCACAGGGUAAAAGGACUGUAAGGAUCUGCUAAUGGCAAGCUGGUGUGAAGGCUCUGAGGUGCUCCAGGGGGACUGCACAGGGUAUGGCCUUGUGAUAUGCAGCCUUGGUGUAAUUCUGGAAAAAAAAAAUAGGGAAAGCAUGUGGCCCUUGAUUUUAUGCCUUUUCUGCUCUUUCCAUAGGUCUUGAAAGAUUCUUCAUUCCACUUUGUUGUAUUAAGUUUCUUACAAUGCAUUGAAAACUUAUUGUCAAAUCUUUCCGGUACUUCCCGGUAUUAAUGGUGGUGUUCUAAAGUUGUAUGCUGCUUGGCUCUUGGGUGGGCUGCAUCUAGAUAGUGUUUCUGUAAUCAGUUUCCCUAGCUUCUGGUCAUCUACUCUGAUCUUUCAUAGCACUUUUUUCAGUCUUGCAAGAAUAAAAAGAAUCUUCUCAAUUUUUCAUUGCUACUUGAGGAACCAAUGGCUGAAAUGAAAAUUAUAAAGGUUUCUGCUGAUUAGUAAUUAUUAUAUAUUUGUACCAGCAGUACAUAGUUCCAAAAAUUAAGUUAUAACUAUCACAAGUUGAAUACUUGCAGUCAUUUGCCAGGGUGAGCUGUAAGUGAAUUUUAAGCAUUGUUUUUAUAUUAUUGUUAAGCAUCCUAGCUGAAGUCACCUGCAGGGAAAAGCAUUCCAAAAGCCUUCUUUUGUGACUCUGGCAGGAAAGCUGUUGGAAGGAUUUGCUUAGCAUAGGAGACAAGAGUGUAGCCCCAACUAAACCAGCUCUCCUAAUUUAGGGUGGCAAGAAGUCUUAAAGCUGAUUUGGCACUCAGCAGAAAGAGCCUGCUGAGAAAGAGGAUAAAAAGGAUCUUCACCUUAGGCUGUAAUUCAGUUUGCAAUUCAGAAACAGUGCCAGAUUCAGCUUCCUGGCCACUCAUGCUUGUUCCUCUGCAUGCUGGAUUUGAACAAAACUGAGUCAGUAUAAGACCUUCCCCCCACACCCCCAUCUUUUCAGCAGAUUACUCUUUGGCUGGAUCAGUUCCCUGCUGCUUUUCAUCAUGCAGCUGCACAAAUGCUUCUGUUGGCACAACAGUGGGAGCAGUGUAGGGGCAGCAAUGAGCCACUGGGAACAUGGGCCCUUUGGAUCAGCUUAGGGAUCCAUCAGCCACAGUCUGCAUCUUCACUCUGUUUAAGCGGAGGAAAAGUCUCAUGGUGAGGCUUAUGUGGAAGCUUGGCUUCCUGGUCUAGAGGGCUAUGUGAGCAGCCAAGCAUUUUACCUUGCACAGGCUUCUAAGAUAUCCGUGUAUUUCAGUUGAAUCUCAUUUUGGGUGGAGAUGGCUGGACAUCUGAAAAUGCCAUACUGUGUUGAUGACUGUACUGUGACUUGAUAAUAGUUGAGAUGCCCUCUGGAAGCAUUGCUGCAGCCCUUGAACAAAACUAUCUGUGGCAUGCAGAAGGUAUUUCUGAUUCAGUCUUGACUGACUGCUGCAAAAUGCCCACAGAUGCUCUUAGUUCCUCUGUAGAUAGAAGAGCUGAAGCUAGAACAUUUGCUUCGUUUGGGUGCUUUCGUUCUGCUUAUGUAGUGAAAACAGAAUUGUUUAAUUGUGUGGAAAGCUUAGCUUGUCUGAGCAUUGAGGGGAGUAGAGACUGUGGGACUGGAGCACCGUUGAGUGGAACAAAUUUCUUAUUGCUGUAAAAGUCUUUGUAAGCCAUGCUUGUUAGGGUGAGAUCCUUCAGAAUAAGUUCAGCUAAACACACAAUCCAUUACUCUAUCAAAUGAUGCAUUUAGAUAAGAUUCCUUGAUAAUUGAUGUCUCCAGUGGCUUUAACAGUGACAACUGGCUUUAAUUUCUUUCUGCACCAUUGGCGUCCAAGUGUUGUUCCCAUUUUGUUCCUUCAGCAGUGAUAGGGCUUUUAUUAGUGGUUUUUACACUUUCUCUGUUAGCAUAUUCUUUCUAUUUUCAGUAACUAAUGAGUGGAGGUACUUAAAGGGAUGAAGCAACAUGGAAACACGUGGGUUUGUUUGUCAGUGGGCUGAAUAUGGUGAAAGUAACACGAGAGGACAAGACUGAGACAUGGAAAGUAACACUGGGGCAUCUGACAGUUCACUAUCAUCAGGUCGAGGGGAAGUAAUAUGUAACAUGCAAUUGGCAGGGAUAUGGCUGGUCAGGUACCCAGUGAAGAGGCAUCUUGCAAAAAAUGGUUUCCAAAAAGUCACUUAUGAUGUUCAAAAUGGCAUGUUUAAUUGCUCAUUGAUGACUGGAUUGUUGCACCUCUUUAGCUGGUGCUUAGGAGCUCCUUGAGAACCAGUAGUUGUGACACUUCUACUUGUUUUGCUCUCAAAGGUCAUUAACUUUCUGGAAAUAGAUUUUAUAAGGAAUGUUCCAUGUAAAUUUUAAGUGGACUCUUGAACGGUAUCCCUACCGUGAUGCAAGAUGUAUUUUAAGAGGCUGACUCACUUUUGAAAUUCUGCCAACAUUCUGCAAAGAAGAAGAAGAUCUGAGUAAUAUUAUGAGUUAGAAAAUAUGUCUGCAGGGACAGGUAAUAGCAGAGAAAUUUUUUCCCUAUACAAUGUAUCUCCAGUAAGUUGGGUGUUGUCUGAGGCUGAGGCUCUGUUUCUUUAACUUAAAGAAGAAAACCAAGGCUUUUUUUUCUAGGAAAUUUUUCUUUUCCGAAGAGAUUUCAGGGUUUUUUGAAAUUAGGUUGUUAUUCAAAAAAGUAUGGAAAAGUAAGAAAAACAUUUCUCUUUUACUUGAGAAAGCCCACUUGUAAAUGCAGUCUAAGCAGACUAAAGAGUUUCAGAUGAAAACUAAUAUGGAAGCUACUCAAGCCAGUGAAACAAAAAAGUGAUUUCAGUUAAGCUUAAUUGUGAAAUUUAGCUCAAAUUUUGUAUUUCUGCCCGGCUGAAGUGGAAGUGGAAAACAGUUUUGUUUUUCAUGUUUUGUACUAAAGGAGAAGCAUAACUAAUACUACCACUGCCAGCUGCUACCAGCAUAGCUACCACUGUGUGCAGUUUUGGAUGUGCAUCUUGUCCAAGUGCUGGCCUUCUUCAUUUUCCUGUGCUCUGGGCUGGUGCAGUUUGUAGCUUCCAUGUUGCUAAAUGCUAUGGGAGAGAAAUAGACAAAGUUUUGGCUCUGUGUCCUAUCCAGAGUAUGGUUCAUGGACAGUUCUUUUGGCUGUGAAGCCUUAUUUUCAAUUCAGAAUUAGAAAAGGAGAAGACUUUGGUGCUGUACUUCGUGACCCAGAACUGUACCCUAGUUCUUAUUAAUAAAAAGGAGAGCUGGGACAGUCUUAUUCCCUCUGAUAAGAUAUUUUCAUGUCUUCCUCAUUUCAUUUUAUGUUGAAACCAGUUUAAACAUCACUUUAAAUGACUAAGCUUUCUUAGGCUGUAUAUCAAAGAAAAAUUGUUAAUAGCUUUUUUUAGUAAUCACACUGGUUAGACAGAAGAUGAUUCCUGCCGAUAAUUAAAUAUUUAUUAUUCAAGACAAUGGAAAUUUGGAUGUGGGGAGAGGUGAGGAGGGGGGCUAAGGAGUAUUUCUUGUUUUCCCUACCCAUUUGUUAUACCUCCAGUUCAUGGCCUCUUUAAGUUCCUCAAAAUGAGAAUAGUCUUCAUGGAAUUGUUGACAUUUUGGCUUUGAACUUCUUGAAUUCUUAUGCAGUGGUAGGGAAAACUGAAAAAAUCGUAGUCUGGAUGUCAAGAUUUGCUCCAUGUACACAAAUUGUGUGGGUAGGGAAGGAAGAAGAAAAGUUGAACCAAUAUGUGGCUUGUGGUGUUUAGCUUCUGCACCAAGGUAUGCUGGGUUGGCAAUUUCAGGUGUUGUUUAUCAGGUGGCAUAUGUGUAUCAGCUGCCUAAAUAAAAUUUUCCAGGAUUCUGGUUGUGUUUGGAAACUUAUGUCAACAUUAGAUUUGAUCCUGUUACUAUGAAAGGAACUCUGAUUCUGUUAACAGUAACUCAACUUUCUUCAACACAUAAAAUGAUCUAGGAUUGCUGUGAGAACUUGGUGAAAGCCACAGGAACCAAUGUUGUGAGUGUUUUAAAUUGUCUGGCAGUAGUAGGAAUUUGUCUCUUCAGAGACAGAUAGUAGAAAUGUGUCUCUCUAGGCAGUUGUAGAAGCCUUAGAAGGUAAGUAUCUAGUGUGUAUUAAUACAAAUCAACAUCAACAGCCAGGUAGCUGUGGAGCCAAGCAAGGAUUGUUGAGAAAGAACACGGUGUGGUUGGAGAAGAGGGCCACAUGGAGGUGGGGCAGCACUUUUCCAGGACAAACGUCCUUGUUCUAGCUUCAGGAGAGAAGCACAGCACACAGUGCAGUACAGGCACAGGAAUAAGGCUGAGAAGGGGGCAUGGACUGUAAGGAGGGAUCAAGACUACCCAAGACCAUCCCCAAAGCCCUUCAACCCAUUUCCAGAAAGAUCUAAAAGAAUGUACUGUGAUGAUAACUAAUUUGUGUAGAAAGCAAGAAAUUUAUCUCCAGGGUGGGGAGAAAAAAAAAUGUUUCUGUGGCCCUUCUGACUUUUGCCUUUGUUUCAACCACUAAUAUAUAUGAAUCUUAGAUGCUCCCAUCCACUUAAGGGUGCAAUGUCACAGUGGGUUGACAAUUAAUAAGGAAGGCUUCUGAGGAAACCAGAUCUUAAUUGUUUGGGUGCUUCCUUGAUGACUUCAGUGCCUGUGUAUAGUUUGGUAGGGCAGGCCUUGUUUUACUUCUUUCAGCCUAGCUUUAGCAGAUUGAAUCUCUGUAUGUCUACAUAGCUUAGUUAGAGGCAAACUCUCAUUUGACUGUAUCACGAGAGGAACAAUAAAAAGAAGUUCUUAUGAUCCUUUAAGUCUAAACAAAAAUGUUUUAAAGUGAAACAGGAUGAACUAAACAGCAGCCGCUGCUAUUAUACAGUUGCUGUAUAAGCUAAAGCCAUAGAAGAUGCUAACAGUUCAGAAUGUAUUCAAGUGUGAAAGACAUAUCAAACCUUAACAGAAGGAAAGGACUGAAGUCUCUGAUUGGGCUUCACUGUGUCCAGUGCGUUUGUGUUUGCAAGAUUAACCUUAAGCUUGCUGCUCCUGCUGGCUGAUGGGUGCAUAUGUGACAAAGCUGCUGUUGAGAUGUUGGAACUCUGGAAUAGUCAGUAGUAACAUUGUCAAGUAGGUAACUGGCCAGUUCUGGAAAAAUUAAGUCCUUUCCUAUGCUUUUUGGCUUGUAUUAUAGACAAACUUUUGAAUAAAGAGAAGGUAAAUAUCCAAAUCCCAACUCUUUCCCUGGCAGAAAUCUGGGUGGUUUAUAUUUAUUUCUUUUUAAUUUUACUGUUUUUUACUGGAUUUCUCUGGCCUAUGUCACUACUAUGUUUCUGGGCUCUAAGGUCUCUCACACAAACAGUAAACGUAUGCACCCUCUUCCUCUAUGUUCUAUAUGUGCUGUUAAUGGUAAACAAAAUUCUUAGUGGGGUUAAAAUAGAAUAAUUUGGAAUGAAGUUUGUAAAGCAAUGCUGUUUAUCAAUUGAGUGUAUGAAUGUAUAAGAAGGAAUGACAGAUACAGACAAGAGGGGCAAAAUCCUAAGUUUAUAAGUAUGCUUUCCACCUGUUCAUAAUCCAUAACUUCAGUCUUAAUGGAUUUGUGUUUCAAACAGGUUUUAGUGUGUCCUGUAACCAGGCGCCUUUUCAUUUUUGCAAACAUCAGUGAAUUUUGCGUGAAAUCCAUUGUCUUAAAAGGAAUUGUUGGCUAUUUAAUUCAGCUGGGAUUUUAUGUAGGUUAUCUAAUGAUUAUCUUGAUGGCUUAUAGCAGUCUGGAAAGGUGUAUUUUGGCUAGAGAUGAAUAAAAAUGCAGAUUCACUAUUGCCUUUGUUUUACAAAUCUUCCAGACUUUAUAAAUUAAUAUUCCUGGAGGUGUAGUAUAGUAUUUUUUUUUCUUUUGUUCAGUGGUAUUUCAGAAGUUUUUCAGUUGCAAUACAAUGGUUGGUAAGCCAAGGAAGAAAAAUUGCUAAUAAUUAAAAUAGAAACUGUUGGGGGUGGAUUAUAUUUGGGUGCAGCUCAAAGGUGUUUGAUUUCUCUUUGUGUCCUGUUUCUCAUGUGAACCAUUUGAAAUGGAGUUUGUUUUUGUAUCUUUGUGUAAGAAUUUGUCACGUUGAAAUAGCUUUGUGGAUUGCUUUUGAUCAGGUUUGAGCCUCUCAGUUGACUGGUGAAAGCUGGGAUAUGGAGUUGAUAUCUCUCUUUCAGGAGUUAAAAUAUUUUUUUCAAACCUCUGUUUACCUUAAGCAGUUUUGGAUGCCACAAAGUGUGGGUAUGGGCUAAACCCCCCCCAAUUUAUUAAUUGAUAAGUGGGCGUUAAGAACCAAAUCAACCAGUGCAAUCAGUGACAAUUCUUUUGGAGAUCUGUGAAGUCCUUUUUUAAGUGGAUAACCUUUUCUAUUGAUGCAGUGGCAUGAGCUGGGUGCUCCAACAUAUCAGAAAAAAAUGCAAGCAUCUUUCAGCUCUUGUCAGUCUGAUUGCAUUGCUGUUAGCCUGUCUAAAAAGAUUUGUUCUCCUUAGGAUUGCUUACAGUACAUGCAUAAUUUAAUAAAAUGGUGCAACUGGCACAGCUGAGAGCUGAGCUGCACAUAGAGGCUGAACUGACCUCUUGGCUCUUGAUGUACCUGAUACCACCAGAACUGCAUUUACAUUACAGGCUGUACUUUGUGCUUAAUUGGUGAGUGUGGAAUGAGUCUACAUAGUUGUUAAGUCAACCCCAUUCUGGAUGACUUUAUAAGUUCCUUAAAGUAGAUAGUUCAGAGAAGAGUGUGUGCUUGGAAAUUAGGGAUCCCUUUGUAAAGGUUAGGAAAUUAUUCCAAGAGUACACAAAAUUUCAGUAUUUUACUGCCAUAAAAACACAGCAAAAAAUACUAUAGAUUCUUGUUCUCUGCUUAAAUCUCACAUCCUCUCCCCCCACAAGCCAAACAAAUAAACAAAAACCCUAAACAAAAUCAGGUCUUUACUUGGUGAAUAUUACAUCUUGAACAUGAGCUAAUAUUUGAUAAGGUGGAGGAAUACCAAAGGCAUUUUAUCUUCAAAGUUUUUUUAAUUUAACCUGAGAUUUGGUUCAGUGUAGUGGAACAUUUCUAGAUAUGCUUGCAGAGAAUUUUACAUGUUUGAGACAUUUUCUUUGAAAAACUGGAAAAGAAUUAUGUAGAACUUUCAAAGUCUACACAGAAUUGUGAAGCAUUAUUGAUACAUACUGAUCAGGCACGCAGGGCUGAAUGUUAGAUUGAAUGUUUUGGUUGGCAUUUCACACUCCAAAAUUAGUCUCUCAAAGUUCAUUUUAAGUGUUCUGUGUGGUACGUUUUUCAAGGCUUUAAAGAACUUGGUUAAUGUAAUUUUUACCUCUAGUCAUGAAUUCAUUUUCUCUGAGUAGGAGUUUCACACAGAAAUUUAUGUUUAACGUCAUCUCUGUUACAAAGCAUACCUUUUGCCAAUAGGGGUUUUUUUUGGGUGCAGGGUGGAGAAGAGGAGAAGUCAUAAAUUGUUAUUAUACUACACCUCUGUUCCUGCCAAAGGUAGCCAACUUUAAGACAUUCCUGUUAGUUUAUCUCCAUAUCUGUUUAAAACAAACAAACAAAUCUUUGCUAAUUUCCCUGAAACACAUCCAGAGACAAUCUGUCAUUGCAGUUUGAUCUGAAACUUAUGAUAAAAAUAGUUCAAACAUUAAACAAAGGAAGCUUUAAAGCAGAGAGAUUAUUGAGAGAUUCAACUGCAAUAUUACAAAAAGUGCUGCCAUUAUCACUUGGCAUUUUUUAGUUCUACAGCAUUACUUUAAAGCAUGUUCUGGUGGCUGAUGUUAAUUUUCAAUGUUAAAUAUAUGUCACCUCAAUGGGGUAGAAAUGAAAUGGCUAUUUCAACCCAAUUAAAAUAUUUGUGAUGGCUAAAUAAUGUGUGUAUUUACAGAAUCAUAUAAUAUCUAAAUGCAGUUAACCAAAGCUUAAGCUUCAGGGUGCUAGAAACAUUUAAUGUGAGGAACAAAGUCAGCAUUUAUUGCAGUCUUAGAGUUGACAAACCAGUUUUAGAAAAUGAGUUAUUAUCAACAUAUUAUUAAGUCAGGUCUGAUAUUGCUGUUUGAAAAGAUAUUAGCUGGACAGAAAUCAUAUUUCCAGUUAUAUAACUUCUGCAGAAAGAGAUGCAUUUUAAUGGCAGAUGAAAUUGAUUUUUUUAAAAAAUAAAUCAAAUAAAUGUUAGUGACUGACUUGGUGGACUGACCUUCCUAAUGUGAAUCAUUGUCAUUUUAAUGGAAAGGAAAUGAAAUGAGGUUAGUUGCAAGUGAUGAAGAGAAAAGCUAGAUAGUGGAAACUUUUCUGCUGAAAUAGAAGGUUUCACGUAUACAGAAGUUGGAGGUGCUUAACAAGAAAGUUAAUCAUUAAAUGAAGAUACUGUUUUUUACAGGCAGGAUUGUUGUGCAGAGCUGACCCAGUAGUUAGCUGUCAGUUCUCAAGGAAUGCAACUAAACUGCUUAGUCCCCCAUCAUAUGAGCAUUAUAGGUGAGGAUAGUGUAAUCUGUUGGCUUGUCAUUACACUUCCAUAGACUUGAAAUGGAUCAGUUUGUCAAAUCAGGUAAACAGAAUGCAGAUACUGGUGACUACCUCUGUUUAACUGGCAGUUUACAGUGUAAAAACACCUCCAACAGAGCCACUGGAAUAAGGGAGGUGAGAUCCUUUCCUUUGCUUUGGGUCAGCGUCUACAUUGUAGGGAUUGCCCUGUGAUGGAAAAAGCUUCCUUUAAAAAAACUAUACUGAGAAGUUUUAUGCUAAAAUGAUCUCGAGAGGAUGAAAAAAGUUGAGUAGUGAAAGGAAACGUUUCGUUACAUUAAAACGUAAUGCAAAACGUUACAUUUUUGUAAUGUUCAGAACUGUAGUAGUAUCACUUAAAUGACUUCCAAAAAUUGAUCUAAGUAAUUGUUAAAGGGUGGUGUUUUGAAGGGUUUUACCACCUAAAGUCUGCUACCAUGUGUUCUCUCUGAUAAUCAAGCCUGGCAGAUAUAAAUUAGUUUGGGUAUUUGCUCACCUGCAAUACAGAAGGAUUUUCCCAACACUGAAUUGCAUUAUUUGGAAGACUGAAGUUCCUCUUCUGUCUUGGAGAGAAGUCAAACCACUUGAAUCAAGUGCAGCUAAACCUAUCACAAUCAUAAGAGCUAAAAAUGCUGUAACAUGCAGAAACAUUUGUGAAAUUAUGGUUUUUGUGAUACCUGCACUGUUUAAUACCAUGUGAUUAAUUAGGAAUGGCAGUAUCACAACUGAUCCCUCUUGGGCUACUAUUGCUGUUUUACAUAUAGGAGUAGUAGAAGUCACUGUGGUCAGAACCAAAACAAAUGCUGAGUUCAGCAUCUGACUUUAGUUGUCUUUAUUUAAAGAAGAAAGUAGUUUCACCUAUUUGGCAAAAUCCCUUUUAGAAGCUGUUUUACUUUGCUUCCAGUCAGGGAAGAUAGAUGUGUUCCUGGAAAGAUGAUUUAUUGUGGGCUGUAGUUUGCAAGCAUAGCACUUUUCAUCUAACCAUCCAUUAUGCUUAUUGUAUUUCUCAGCCUCCCAAGUAGAAUGCCUUAUUUGUCUGAAAAUUCACUACAAUUCCCCUAACAGGCUAUGACUGUAUCUGUUGGAUUUUUGGCUUGUUAUACUUAAAUAUGUAAAAAGGGCACAAACAACAUUUCAUACACGCAUCUCCAGGAUUGGCCAGUUUUCUUGGAUAGAGUGUUUAAAAUUACAGAGAGCUGUCGUUCUCUCUGUUAACCUUUGGCAGAAGAUUACUAAAGGGAAGUGGAUGCAAGUGGCUGAACUGUUGGGUUUCCAUUGACAGGAGUAAGUAAUCCUAGAGCAGUUUAUAAUGUUUUAUUACAACCUUACAGUUUUGAACUAGAUGACUGGUUAGCUCAAAAUUUAAUUGUUGAAAGCAUUGCUAUGAUUUAAUGGGUCAAUAAAAGAAUUUUUAGAUCUUCUUUGUAUGUUUACAAUGCUAGUGUUUCCUCUGUCACUUUUUUCAGAGAUUGAUUUAUUGGCCUGUAAUACUGUUGGCAUUUAACUAUGCCAGUCUGUGGCCAGUAUUGCCAAUCUAUCUACGUCUGUUUAACAACUUGCUGCAAUCACCUGGAUUUUUAACAGGAAGGUUAAUAGUGUGAUAAAUACAUGGGGUUUUCUGGGAUGAUUCACCAUUUCCUCUAAUUGUUCCCUGUUUUAAGCGCAAGCUUGUUUCUGGGUGAGCAAAUAAGAAUAUAACAAUGAGAAAUACAUUUAGGAAAUGUAUUUCUAGGUGCUCAGUGGUAAGUGCAGAAAGCUGGUCUGUAGACUUGGACUGUUGGAAUAGGUUGUGGAAACUGAGCAGCAACAAAUAAUGUCUCCAUGCACAAUGAAAUGGUCAUGUCGUACUUUCCUUUCCAUGUUCAAAGAUAAAGUAGACUUUAGGAGCAAUCAGCUCAAGGGGAAUGCUCUUGAGGCAGUGAAUUAGGGGAUGUCCAAGAAAGUUGAAGACUUUAUCUGCAGAAAAAAUGCCAGGUAGCCAUGCAAAGGAAAGCAAAUGUCCAGCUAGACUUGAAAUAAGAAGUGGACAUUGAGGGCCACAAGUAGUCCUGCUGCAACAUUAACAAAAGGAGAAUAAAGAAGGAAAAAACACUGCUGCUGAGUGGAAUGGGUGGUUUAGUUUCCACUGAUGCAGAGGUUGAGUUCCUCAAAGCCUUCUUUUCCACCUCCAAGAUCUUCCAGGUGUUUGUACCUACAAAGAGAAUUCGGGGAGGAGAGGAUCAACCAAUAACCAGGAGUGGAUUGUUACAGUGUGGGGACUGGUUGGUUGAUAGCAGCUCUCUAUAGAAAUUGCUGGCUGUCCUGUUGGACACUAGGCUGAAGAUGAGCCAGCGGUGUGCUCUAGCAGUGAUGAAGGGUAACAGUGUCCUGGACUGUGUCCACAGGAAGUUAGCUAGUAGAUUGCCACUAUCAGUUUUCACAAGGUAUUCACUAUCUGGAAUAUUGUGUUGAAUCCAGCUGGUGAGCCACCAAUAUUGUUAGAUUGGACAUGUUACCCUGUGAGGAGAGGCUGAAGUUCAAUCUGGAGACCAGGCAGCUUCAGGGAUCCCUAAUCAUAACUUUCAAACCAAGAAAGAGGGAACUGAGAAAUCAGGUUCUUUAUAUAUGUGGUGGGAGAAACGAGAAACCUUCAUGAGCUGAAACAUGGCAGGUUGUCACUCCAAGGGUAAUUGAGCUCUGGAAGAAGUCACCCAGAGAGGCUGUGGAAUAUGGCCCUGGGAGAUUUCCAAGACUCAGCUGCAUUAAACCCUGAGAAACCUAGUCUGACCUCAAAACUGAUCCUGCUUUGAGCAGGAGACUGAGCUGUGAGCCUCUGAAAGUUCCUUCCAGUCUGAGCCAUUCUGUGUUUAGAGCCAGGAUCCACAUUGCACAGAGCCAGUAGGAGCUGCUUUGGCUUUCAGGGUCCUAAAAUGUUCUGGGUACCCUUGUUACCUGAGAAUUUUUGGACUAUUUGUUUAAAGUCACAAGCUUCCCUUCACUUAAAGGGUGAAUUUGAAGGAAUUUGGAUAUUCACUGACAUUUAAUGUUUUUAAGCAAAAAUGUACUGAGAAUUAAAUUCAAAUAAAAUUUAAUAUAAAAAAAUAUUUCCAGAAUGAGAAUUGUUUCUAUGACUAGUUAAAAGUGUACCUGUUACCCCCAAAUCCAGUUCUCACUUGCUCAUGUAAACUAAAAAGAAUGAUUUAGAAAUUUUAUUUGGAAAAAUGGAGUAAAUUCUAACUUGAUGAUUUAAUACUUCAAUGAUGCUUCAAGAAAAAACAAAAAACUAGCAUGGGGAUGAGACUCUGUGAAGGGAUACAGAAAAUGAGGACUGUGGUCAGUUUGUAGCUUCACCACGUGUGCCGUUGCUUUCACUAGGUAUGCAGGCUGUUGCAACAGGAUGUGGGUUCCUGCCUUGGAGACUCCUCUGUGUGUGCUGAGGAGUGAGUGAGUGACUGCUGGUGGUCUCUCAGGGUUCCAGGCAGACACAGCUGGGCUCUUUCCUCCCAGUCCCCAUGGUGCGAGCACCCAGGCUGUGCCAGGCAGUUGCUGGGUAGAAGUGAAUAGUUGCAGGCCUGGCCCAAAUGUGCCUGCCAUUGCAAAUGAAAGAGUUUGCUAUGUGAUCCGUGUUUAGCUUGGAGUUAGGUACUGUGUAUUAGACUCUCUUUCCAAUUCUUUGGGGGAAAAUAGUUUCUUUGAUAGGUUUGCCCGCAUGAUGUUGGCAAGGCCAGCUGUAGUACUACACAGAUACUUACUGGCCUCUCACAGUGAGCUGCAUUCAUGUUUAGCAUUAAACCCUGGCACCCUGUUCUAAGUUGAAUUGCUUGCAUAGUUGGCAUAGUCUUACUGAAGUAAUUGCUGAUGUAUGGAGCAGUGUUUGGUGGUAAAACACUCUUUCAAGUGCCUGAGUCAUGUUAGAGGCAUGUUGUCUGGAAACUGCUGAAAGAGAUUCCUUGUUGGUUUCCUUUGUACUCUCAUUUCCUGAAGAAGAAUGAGGGGUUUAUUAAUUUUCUUUUCGUGUAGACUGACAUGGAAUUGUGGUGGCCCUCAGCUAGGACAGGCUGUGUCCUAGGUUAGUUGGGAAAGGUAUUAGUGCUGUGGAUUGACACGCUGACUGUGACACAGAUCAAAUGCUUUCCCCUUUGUGUAGCUGACUGCCAGUGACACACUUUCUGAUAUGUGCAUCAGGAAGCAUUCUGCUACAUGAUGAGCUCAGGAAAACAGUAGAAAGAGAUUCUGUCUUGAUUUGCUUAAAAAAGGCUUUUCUUAGUUAGAUCAAUUUUCUUUUUUAUGAGCUAAUAUGCUGUUAACUGUUUUAACAAAAUCAUGCUGCUUUGUUUGGAAGUCCUGGAAACCGAAGGCAGAGUUUGCAAAGUAUUGGCAAAUGUAUGCAGGAAUUAUCUGGCUUGUUCUUAAUUUUGCUGUAUAAGUUGUUAAACAAGUCUGUGGAAGACCAGUGCUGACAGGAGGCUGGAGUAUUUGGCUGCCAAAAUACUUCUGUACAGUACAGCAGUAGCAUUCCACAGAACAGUGUGAAAGAAAGGACUCUUAAUUUGAGGUCAUCAUCUUAAAUGUCUUUGAGUUCUUUAUGCACUGAAGUGGCUGUGCCUAAUUCAAAGCAAAUCAGCAUAUUACUUUUUCCCGUGGUGCAAACUGGAUAACUGAAGUAAUGCAGAGGCCAAAUCAGAAUUCUGCUUUUCCUGAAGCAUUAGGACAGCGGCCUGUGGCCUUUGAAUAGGGCUUAAAGUGUAGCCUGAUAAGAUGUGGCACUUCACAAGAGCUGUCCUGGAGUAGAGAAGUGGAGUAGAGACAUUGAGUCAGUUUGCCUGAAAUGCUUCAGUUAUGGUCUGGAUUUCUUGUGCUAGCACAUGUGUCGCUCUUGGGAAAUGACUGAAAUUUUUACCUUGUUUUUCAUGUUUUGUCCUUGUCAACCCACCCAAAUGAGCCAGUUUCUUUUGUUCUGAGUGCAGUGAUUCCCCCAUUCUCCUAGAUGGCAUUAAGAAGUUUAAAUCCAUAGGUUGUAUUAUUCAGGUAUGUUGAAUUUUGAUUAGAGAUGUUGAAAGAAUAAAACAUUAUCUUUAAGGUGAAGUCAGGCUGAAUAUUUUGUUCUUCACUGUACUUUAUUUUACGUUUUAUCAUCUGGUGCUGUAGACGCGAGUUGUUACUCACCCUACUAAUGCUUAGUUUGUUCUUAAUUAAAUUGUUGAUGGAGAGUGUUAUCUAAAUCUUAGGCAUGCCUUAUGUUGAAAUGAUGAAUUUAUCAGCUAGUUAAUAAUUGUGCAGGUUAUUGGUUUAUAACUUAGAGUAGUAACUGGACCAAAUACUGGGGUGUCGCUAGGAGUUUUUUAGUUUUGCUUUGGAAAGGAUUUUUUUGUGUUUUAGAGAUCAGGAUAAACUUAAAAUAUUUAACUUCAGUUUUCAUUUUCUAAGGCAGUGUGUAUGUUGACCUUAGAUCAUGGCAGUAUCUUUUUCAGGAGGAUAAGCAUUUCAGAAACUGGGGUAAGAAUGUUCAGGGAUAAUUGAAGGAGUCUGUUUCAAGUAAAUAUAAGCAGAGAUGAAAUGAUUAGGGAAAUAAUUUUAUAUUUAGUUAUAUACUUAUGCAGGAUCUCCUUGCUAGCAAGUUCUCGUGUACUCUGAGGUAUUUUGAGUAACAAAUCUAGAUCAUAUAAUGCAUAAAAACAAAUCAUAAGAUUAAAUUUACAGUUGAUCCAAAUACAAAAAGAACUGCAGAUCCUUGAAGCUGACAGCUCUAAAGGUGGCAGUAGUAAGUGAAAAUUGUUAGUGGACAUCCGGCUAGUGUACAGAUUCUAGAACUGAAAUAGUAGGCUUGUGUAAGAUGAGGGGGUUGACUGUUGAGUUUGAGUUACAUGGCAUGUUUUGCUGUUAGUGGUGGGUGGCUUAAGUCCAGACACUCAGGUGGUGAACUCUGGUAUUCAGCUUUAUUGGAGUGUCAUUCCUAAAGAAAAGCAUUAGAAAGUUCAGUUUAUUAAAGUGAAAUUAUAGAUAAGGAGUAAGGAAAUGUAUAAUAAUAGUAAUAAUAUUUUUCUUGCCACAGAUAAAUACACAAAAGGUUAACAGCUGUUAUUUACAAUAGUGGUCCUUUCUCUUACUGAGUUUUGCAGUUACAGGAUUUCUAGCACAUGUCUCCAGGCUUGUGUGUAGCCAGGAAGGAGACUGUGUUUUCAAACUGUCCUCUGAUCUGGGAACAGUUGCAUCUGGGUAUUACAUAGGAUUAAAUAGCAAUCAUUGUCAAAGCCUAUUUGGUAGCAAAUCCAGGCAGAGCAACUGUUAAGCAAACUGACAGUCAAGCAAAGGGUACAGGCAGAAGAUACUCAUUGACAAAGAUGACUUGGAUUGGGAACAUGCACUGUACCUUUUUUCAUCUGACUGCUCAACAAGAUGAAAAACUGUUUUGACUUGGAAAUAGAAGACAGAAACCUAGCAUUUAUGGAAACUGCAUUAAAUUUACUGGGGUCUUGAACUCAAAUCUGAGUGUUUUGAAACAGGGAUUCAAUUUUCCUGAUAAGGCAUAAGGGUUUAAAUUGCUGCUGUUCCCAAGCACUGUUUAGCUUAUCCGUUCUGUUGGCCGUGGACGUAUGGAGUCUCUGGGGGUAUGAACAAUGUGCUCUUAUAAAUGGGAUGCAAAACAAAAAACUGGUGUACUGAUACUUCUGAAUGGGUUUCGCAAAAAUGAUGAAAUGAAGGCUAUGGAAGUAUUGCCAAUUUUAAAGGAAAAAGUUGCAUACCUUUCAGGUGGCAGAGAUAAGCGUGGAGGUCCCAUUCUAACAUUUCCAGCUCGUAGUAAUCACGACAGAAUACGGCAAGAAGAUCUUAGAAGACUAAUUUCGUAUCUAGCGUGUAUUCCUAGUGAAGAAGUAUGUAAACGAGGAUUCACCGUCAUUGUAGAUAUGCGUGGGUCAAAAUGGGACUCCAUAAAGCCUCUGCUGAAGAUUUUACAGGAAUCCUUUCCAUGUUGUAUUCAUGUUGCACUGAUAAUCAAGCCAGACAAUUUCUGGCAGAAACAGAGGACUAACUUUGGCAGCUCUAAGUUUGAGUUUGAGACAAAUAUGGUGUCUCUGGAAGGCCUUACCAAAGUAGUUGAUCCUUCUCAGCUAACCCCAGAAUUUGAUGGCUGUUUGGAGUACAACCAUGAGGAGUGGAUAGAAAUCAGAGUUGCCUUUGAGGACUACAUUAGCAAUGCAACCCAUAUGCUGUCCAGACUGGAGGAACUUCAAGAUAUAUUGUCAAAAAAGGAAAUGCCUCAGGACCUGGAAGGUGCUCGCAAUAUGAUAGAGGAGCAUUCACAAUUAAAAAAGAAAGUCAUUAAGGCCCCUAUCGAGGACCUUGAUGUGGAAGGACAAAAGCUGCUCCAGCGGAUACAGAGCAGUGAUAGCUUUCCCAAAAAGAACUCUGGGUCAGGGAAUGCAGACUUACAGAACCUUUUACCCAAAGUGUCCACCAUGCUGGACAGGCUGCACUCAACACGGCAGCAUCUGCAUCAGAUGUGGCAUGUGCGGAAAUUGAAAUUGGACCAAUGCUUUCAGCUCAGGCUGUUUGAGCAGGAUGCUGAAAAGAUGUUUGACUGGAUCACACACAACAAAGGUCUGUUUCUGAACAGCUACACAGAGAUUGGAACCAGUCACCCCCACGCGAUGGAACUUCAGACACAGCACAAUCACUUUGCCAUGAACUGCAUGAAUGUGUAUGUAAACAUAAGCCGCAUCAUGUCAGUAGCAAGCCGCCUGAUCGAGUCUGGUCAUUACGCUUCACAGCAAAUCAAACAGAUUGCCAGUCAGUUGGAACAGGAAUGGAAGGCAUUUGCUGCAGCCUUGGAAGAACGUAGCACGUUACUGGACAUGUCCUCCAUCUUCCAUCAAAAAGCUGAACAGUACAUGAGCAAUGUGGACUCAUGGUGUAAAGCCUGUGGUGAGGUGGAGCUUCCCUCAGAGCUGCAAGAUUUAGAAGAUGCUAUCCAUCAUCAUCAAGGGAUAUAUGAGCACAUUACUUUGGCUUACUCUGAGGUGAGCCAAGAUGGGAAGUCACUCCUCGAUAAACUUCAAAGACCUUUGACUCCUGGGAGUUCUGAUUCCCUCACCGCAUCUGCCAACUACUCAAAAGCAGUUCAUCAUGUCCUGGAUGUCAUCCAUGAAGUAUUGCAUCACCAGCGCCAACUGGAAAAUAUCUGGCAGCAUCGAAAGGUCCGCUUGCACCAGCGGCUUCAGCUCUGCGUUUUUCAGCAGGAUGUUCAACAGGUGUUGGAUUGGAUUGAAAACCAUGGAGAAGCUUUUCUUAGCAAACACACUGGAGUGGGAAAAUCCCUGCAUCGGGCCAGAGCUUUGCAGAAACGCCAUGAAGACUUUGAAGAGGUUGCGCAGAACACAUAUACGAAUGCAGAUAAGCUCCUAGAAGCAGCAGAGCAGCUUGCUCAGACUGGGGAGUGUGACCCAGACGAAAUCUAUCAAGCUGCCCAUCAGCUCGAAGACCGGAUACAGGAUUUUGUCAGGCGUGUGGAGCAGCGCAAGAUCCUGCUGGACAUGUCUGUGUCCUUUCACACUCACGUUAAAGAGCUGUGGACGUGGCUUGAAGAGCUACAGAAAGAACUGCUUGAUGAUGUCUAUGCUGAGUCUGUGGAGGCUGUCCAAGACCUGAUUAAACGUUUUGGUCAACAACAACAGACCACUCUGCAGGUUACAGUCAAUGUCAUAAAAGAAGGUGAAGAUCUCAUACAGCAACUAAGGGAUUCUGCUAUUUCUAGUAACAAGACCCCCCAUAACAGCUCGAUCAACCACAUAGAGACAGUCCUGCAGCAGCUGGAUGAGGCCCAGUCUCAGAUGGAGGAGCUUUUCCAAGAACGCAAGAUCAAACUUGAGCUGUUUCUGCAGCUCCGCAUAUUUGAAAGAGAUGCAAUAGAUAUUAUUUCAGACCUUGAGUCUUGGAAUGAUGAGCUCUCUCAGCAGAUGAAUGACUUUGACACUGAAGAUCUUACAAUAGCAGAACAGAGGCUUCAGCAUCAUGCAGACAAAGCCCUGACCAUGAAUAACUUGACCUUUGAUGUCAUCCACCAAGGGCAGGAUUUGCUUCAGUAUGUCAAUGAAGUGCAGGCAUCUGGUGUGGAGCUGCUUUGCGACCGAGACGUGGACAUGGCCACUCGCGUGCAGGACCUGCUGGAGUUCCUGCACGAGAAGCAGCAGGAGCUGGACGUGGCGGCCGAGCAGCACCGCAAGCACCUGGAGCAGUGCGUGCAGCUGCGCCACCUGCAGGCAGAGGUCAAGCAGGUUUUGGGCUGGAUUCGAAAUGGAGAGUCAAUGUUAAAUGCUGGGCUCAUCACUGCUAGCUCUUUGCAGGAGGCAGAACAGUUACAGAGGGAGCAUGAGCAGUUUCAACAUGCAAUAGAGAAAACACAUCAAAGUGCCCUGCAGGUUCAGCAGAAGGCAGAGGCAAUGCUGCAGGCUAAUCACUACGAUAUGGACAUGAUCCGGGAGUGUGCAGAGAAGGUCGCUUCCCACUGGCAACAGCUGAUGCUGAAGAUGGAGGAUCGUCUCAAGCUUGUGAAUGCCUCUGUUGCCUUCUAUAAAACUUCUGAACAGGUGUGCAGUGUGUUAGAAAGUCUGGAGCAAGAAUAUAAGCGAGAAGAAGAUUGGUGUGGGGGAGCAGACAAACUGGGCCCCAACUCUGAAACAGAUCACGUUACUCCCAUGAUAAGCAAACACCUGGAGCAGAAGGAAGCGUUUCUAAAGGCCUGUACACUGGCUCGGAGGAAUGCUGAUGUCUUCCUGAAAUACCUGCACAGGAACAGUGUCAACAUGCCAGGGAUGGUGACACACAUCAAAGCACCUGAACAGCAAGUGAAAAAUAUCUUGAAUGAACUCUUCCAGAGGGAGAACCGUGUGCUGCAUUAUUGGACCAUGCGUAAAAGGCGUCUCGAUCAAUGCCAACAAUAUGUGGUGUUUGAAAGAAGUGCCAAACAGGCUCUGGAAUGGAUUCAUGACAAUGGAGAGUUUUAUUUAUCCACACAUACUUCCACUGGUUCCAGUAUCCAGCACACUCAAGAGUUGUUAAAAGAACAUGAAGAGUUUCAGAUCACAGCAAAGCAAACCAAAGAGAGGGUGAAGUUGUUGAUACAGCUGGCUGAUGGCUUUUGUGAAAAAGGGCAUGCUCAUGCAACAGAGAUUAAAAAAUGUGUCACAGCAGUGGAUAAGAGGUACAGAGACUUUUCCCUGCGCAUGGAGAAAUACAGGACCUCUUUAGAGAAAGCUCUGGGUAUUUCCUCAGAUUCCAAUAAAUCGAGCAAAAGCUUGCAGCUGGAUAUAAUCCCAGCCAGUGUCCCUGGGUCAGAGGUGAAACUGCGCGAUGCUGCUCAUGAGCUUAACGAAGAAAAACGAAAGUCUGCCCGCAGGAAAGAGUUCAUUAUGGCUGAGCUAAUUCAGACAGAAAAGGCUUACGUAAGAGACCUCCGGGAAUGCAUGGAUACAUAUCUAUGGGAAAUGACAAGUGGAGUCGAGGAGAUCCCACCUGGUAUUGUAAACAAAGAACACAUUAUCUUUGGAAACAUGCAGGAAAUUUAUGAGUUCCACAAUAAUAUAUUUCUCAAGGAGUUGGAAAAAUAUGAACAGUUACCAGAAGAUGUUGGACAUUGCUUCGUUACAUGGGCAGACAAAUUCCAGAUGUAUGUUACCUACUGUAAAAAUAAGCCAGAUUCCACUCAGUUGAUAUUAGAACAUGCGGGAGCAUACUUUGAUGAGAUACAGCAGCGACAUGGACUGGCCAACUCUAUCUCCUCUUACCUUAUCAAACCUGUCCAAAGGAUAACAAAAUACCAGCUUCUUUUAAAGGAGCUGCUCACGUGCUGUGAAGAAGGUAAAGGUGAGAUUAAGGAUGGCCUGGAGGUGAUGCUUAGUGUGCCAAAGCGAGCCAAUGAUGCCAUGCACCUCAGCAUGCUGGAAGGCUUUGAUGAAAAUAUAGAAUCUCAGGGAGAGCUCAUCCUUCAAGAAUCCUUCCAAGUGUGGGACCCAAAAACUCUGAUUCGAAAGGGAAGAGAGAGGCACCUUUUCCUUUUUGAGAUGUCCUUGGUUUUCAGUAAAGAAGUGAAGGACUCGAGCGGAAGGAGCAAAUACAUUUACAAGAGCAAACUGUUUACUUCUGAACUGGGUGUCACAGAACAUGUAGAAGGAGACCCCUGCAAGUUUGCUCUGUGGGUUGGAAGGACACCAACUUCAGACAACAAAAUUGUUCUCAAGGCAUCCAGUAUAGAGAAUAAACAGGACUGGAUCAAACACAUCCGGGAAGUGAUACAAGAAAGGACUAUUCAUCUGAAAGGAGCAUUGAAAGAGCCCAUCCACAUUCCCAAAACUGCACCAACAACAAAACAGAAAGGAAGAAGAGAUGGCGAGGACCUGGACAGUCAGGGAGAUGGCAGCAGCCAGCCUGAUACUAUUUCGAUUGCCUCACGAACCUCUCAGAACACGCUAGACAGUGAUAAGUUGUCUGGUGGGUGCGAGCUGACGGUGGUGAUCCACGACUUCACCGCCUGCAACAGUAACGAGCUGACGAUCCGCCGUGGGCAGACAGUGGAGGUCCUGGAGAGGCCCCAUGACAAGCCCGACUGGUGUCUGGUGCGAACCACAGAUCGCUCCCCAGCUGCGGAAGGCCUGGUCCCCUGCGGGUCCCUCUGCAUCGCCCACUCUCGCAGCAGCAUGGAGAUGGAGGGCAUUUUUAACCACAAAGACUCCCUUUCGGUGUCCAGCAAUGAUGCCAGUCCUCCCGCUUCCGUAACGUCACUUCAGCCCCACAUGAUCGGUGCUCAAAGCUCCCCGGGCCCCAAGCGCCCUGGCAACACCUUGAGGAAAUGGCUCACCAGCCCUGUGAGGCGCCUGAGCAGUGGGAAAGCAGACGGGCACGUCAAAAAACUGGCCCACAAGCAUAAGAAAAGCAGAGAGGUGCGCAAGAGCGCCGAUGCAGGCUCUCAGAAGGAUUCAGACGACAGUGCAGCGACCCCACAAGAUGAAACUGUUGAAGAGAGGGGUCGGAACGAGGGGCUGAGCAGUGGCACUCUCUCCAAGUCAUCCUCUUCAGGCAUGCAGAGCUGCGGAGAGGAGGAAGGCGAAGAGGGAGCAGAUGCUGUGCCGCUUCCUCCGCCCAUGGCAAUUCAGCAGCACAGUCUUCUCCAGCCCGACUCGCAGGAUGACAAGACAUCUUCUCGAUUGUUGGUGCGGCCAACAAGCUCCGAGACACCCAGUGCUGCAGAACUCGUCAGUGCAAUUGAAGAGCUCGUCAAAAGUAAAAUGGCUCUGGAGGACCGUCCAAGUUCCUUGUUGGUAGAUCAAGGUGACAGCAGCAGUCCGUCCUUCAACCCUUCAGAUAACUCCCUUCUAUCCUCCUCAUCACCCAUAGAUGAGAUGGAGGAAAGGAAAUCCAGCUCCUUAAAAAGACGACACUAUGUCUUACAGGAAUUAGUGGAGACAGAGCGAGAUUAUGUGCGAGAUCUGGGCUAUGUAGUUGAGGGUUAUAUGGCACUUAUGAAGGAAGAUGGCGUACCUGAUGAUAUGAAAGGCAAAGACAAGAUUGUAUUUGGAAACAUUCACCAGAUUUAUGACUGGCACAGAGACUUCUUUUUAGGAGAGUUGGAGAAGUGCCUUGAAGAUCCAGAAAAGCUGGGAUCCCUGUUUGUUAAACAUGAGAGAAGGUUGCACAUGUACAUAGUUUACUGCCAAAACAAACCAAAGUCUGAGCACAUUGUCUCAGAAUACAUUGAUACAUUUUUUGAGGAUCUAAAGCAACGCCUGGGCCAUAGGCUUCAGCUCACAGACUUGCUAAUAAAACCUGUGCAGAGAAUUAUGAAAUACCAGCUGUUACUAAAGGACUUCCUCAAGUAUUCUAAAAAAGCUAAUCUUGACACAACAGAACUGGAGAAAGCUGUAGAGGUCAUGUGCAUAGUACCAAAACGGUGUAAUGACAUGAUGAAUGUUGGCCGCCUGCAAGGAUUUGAUGGUAAAAUUGUAGCCCAGGGUAAGCUCCUGCUCCAGGACACAUUCUUGGUUACAGACCAAGAUGCAGGACUUCUGCCACGCUGCAAGGAGAGACGGGUCUUCCUGUUUGAGCAGAUUGUCAUUUUCAGUGAGCUGCUAGAUAAAAAGAAAGGUUUCUCCAUGCCCGGAUUCUUGUUUAAAAACAGUAUCAAGGUGAGUUGCCUUUCUCUGGAGGAAAAUGUGGACAGCGAUCCAUGUAAAUUUGCACUAACAUCAAGAACGGGCGAUGUCACGGAGACCUUUAUUUUGCAUUCUGCUAGUCCUGGAGUCCGCCAGUUAUGGAUCCAUGAAAUUAACCAAAUUUUGGAAAACCAGCGCAACUUUUUAAAUGCCUUGACGUCCCCGAUCGAGUACCAGAGGAACCACAGCAGUGGUGGAGGCGGCGGCGGGAGCAGCAGCGGUAACAGCGGCGGCCCCAGCAGCUGUAGUGGCAUCCCCAGCUCCAGCCGUAGCCGGCCUUCCCGGAUCCCCCAGCCUGUCAGACACCAUUCCCCAGUCCUGGUCUCCUCUGCAGCCUCGGCCCAAGCAGAGGCAGACAAGAUGUCAGGUAUGUCCAUUCACAAUCACUCCCUGCCACACUACAACACCUCUUUAGAAACUGGCCUGAGCCAGCCAGACAGGCACCCUUCCAGUGCAGAGCCGGAUGGUCCUCAGAGAGAAGCUGAACAGAUUCCCAAGAUGAAAGUUAUUGAAAGUCCCAGGAAGACAGCAGGAAACAUUUCUGGCUCAGCUGAUGGAGCCCAGAAAGACUCACGUGGAAUCUCAGAGGACAGUCGAACAAGAAACAGCAUAGGAUCACUGACGCUUGGGAAGCCAAGGCCAGGAGCCAUCUCUCCAAUGAACUCUCCUCUGUCCACGACUUUCCCUUCUCCUUUUGGCAAGGAAACCUUUCCACCCAGCAGCCCCCUGCAGAAGGGCUCCUUUUGGAGCUCCAUCCCAGCAUCCCCUGCCAGCCGCCCUGGCUCCUUCACUUUCCCUGGGGACAAUGACUCCCUCCAGCGGCAGGUCCACCGCCACUCUUCACACAGCAAGGACACAGACCGCAUGAGCACAUGCUCCUCGACCAGCGAGCAGUCAGUUCACUCCACCCAGAGUAAUGGGAGUGAAAGUAGCAGCAGUAGCAAUAUCUCCACCAUGCUGGUGACACACGAUUACACGGCAGUGAAGGAGGAUGAGAUAAAUGUCUACCAAGGAGAGGUCGUGCAGAUUCUAGCCAGCAACCAACAGAACAUGUUUUUGGUGUUCAGAGCCGCCACCGAUCAGUGCCCCGCAGCCGAGGGCUGGAUUCCCGGCUAUGUCUUGGGGCAUACCAGUGCAAUCAUCAUUGACAACCCUGAUGGAACCAUCAAGAAGUCAACGUCUUGGCACACAGCACUCCGAUUAAGGAAGAAAUCUGAGAAAAAAGAUAAAGACGGCAAAAGGGAAGGCAAGCUAGAAAAUGGUUAUCGCAAAUCCCGAGAAGGACUUGCCAACAAGGUUUCUGUAAAACUUCUCAACCCCAAUUACAUUUAUGAUGUUCCCCCAGAGUUUAUAAUUCCAUUGAGUGAGGUAACAUGUGAGACAGGAGAGACCAUCGUGCUUAGGUGUAAAGUCUGUGGUCGCCCCAAGGCUUCAGUUACUUGGAAAGGUCCUGAUCAUAAUACACUGAGCAAUGACGGUCAUCACAGCAUUUCCUACAGUGACUUGGGAGAGGCGUCGCUGAAAAUCGUUGGCGUCACUGCGGAAGACGAUGGUAUCUACACGUGCAUAGCUGCAAACGACAUGGGUUCGGUUUCAUCCUCCGCCAGUCUACGAGUUUUAGGUCCUGGAAGUGAUGGGAUCAUGGUAAUCUGGAAAGACAACUUUGAUUCCCACUAUAGUGAAGUGGCUGAGCUUGGCAGGGGCAGAUUUUCUGUCGUUAAGAAGUGUGACCAGAAGGGAACCAAGCGAGCAGUAGCCACUAAAUUUGUGAAUAAGAAGUUGAUGAAGCGAGACCAGGUUACCCAUGAACUUGGAGUCAUGCAGAAUCUCCAGCAUCCCCAGCUCAUUGGCCUUCUCGAUACCUUUGAGACCUCCACCAACUACAUACUAGUGUUAGAAAUGGCUGACCAGGGUCGCCUUCUGGACUAUGUCGUGCGAUGGGGAAACCUCACAGAAGGGAAGAUCAGACUCUACCUGGGAGAGAUUCUGGAAGCUGUGCAGUAUCUUCAUAACUGCAGAAUAGCACAUUUGGACCUAAAGCCUGAAAAUAUUUUGGUGGACCAGAGUUCCACUAAGCCAACAAUAAAACUGGCUGACUUUGGAGAUGCAGUCCAGCUCAAUACCACGUAUUAUAUCCACCAGUUACUUGGAAACCCAGAGUUUGCAGCUCCUGAAAUUAUUCUUGGAAAUCCUGUUUCACUCACUUCAGAUGUUUGGAGCAUUGGAGUGCUCACUUAUGUCCUUCUUAGUGGCGUCUCUCCUUUCCUGGAUGAAAGUGUAGAGGAAACUUGCCUGAAUAUUUGCCGCUUAGACUUUAGUUUCCCAGAUGACUACUUCAAAGGAGUUAGCCAGAAGGCCAAAGAUUUUGUAUGCUUCCUACUUCAGGAUGACCCAGCUAAGCGUCCCUCGGCUGCACUGGCCCUCCAGGAGCAAUGGCUGCAGCUGGGGAAUAGCAAAAAUGAUGACAGCAUUGAUAUAUCCAGAUUGACUUCGUUCAUUGAGCGGCGAAAACACCAGAAUGAUGUUCGACCCAUCCGUAGCAUUAAAAACUUCUUACAGAGCAGGCUCUUGCCAAGAGUUUGACCUUGCUUGAAGUUCUCUCUCAUUCUCUUUCACCUGCCAAUCAAUCAGACUGGAGAUGGACUCCUCCUGCCAAUCAAUCAGACUGGAGAUAGACUCCUCCUGCCAAUCAGCUGUUGACUUGAAUUUUGAGGAAAGCAAACCCCAAGCCAACCAGCUGCUAGUGAAUGUUCGUGUGCAAAUGCAUUCCACAGGGACCCGCGCAGGGCGGCGCGGGGGACUGGAGAUGCAGACUUCACGGGGGUGGAGGACAAUAGCACUGUACUCUGCAAAAAGCAGUCACAAGCGAUACAGCAACAGUAUUUUAUUCAGGUUUCUGCAAAAAAAAAUAGUUUUUUUAAUAAACAAGAGUUGAAUUUUGCAAGUGAACUUAGGUACCGUUUUCAAGAUUUAUUCAAGGAAGAAAUGCCUAUGUUUAAAGCACUGGUGUUAAACAAAAAUCAGAUCAUGCCUGGAGAAGACUCACCAAAAUGGCUGCCCGUUGGUACAGCCUCCAUUUAUAACAUCUGGUUUUCACUUGGUCCUAGAGCUUUCCAGUUGCCUCGCCUGUAUGUAUCUCACGUAGCAGUGCACUGAGAUCAGACUCUGCUUUUAAGUGCAUCCAACCUCAAAAGAUUUUGCAUACAAAUAGAAUGAAUUGUUUUGCUCUGAUAAAAUGUAGGCCUUACUUGUAUAUAGACUGUUACCUGCCUUCAGUCUGUAAUUUUUUUCCCUCUCCUCUCAUCCUUUUUUCCCCCCCUCCUUCCUAAAUGGUGGUAUACCACUGUGCGGGUCUUCAGUUUGGGUCAGUAGUCACUGUCCCCCUAGAAAAGAACUUUGGGUUGGUGCCCAGCUUGCUGACCCAAUUGUCAAGCAGUAUACAGCAGGAUGAAAUACUGUAAAUGCACUCAUUUGGGAUUUUGUUUUCUUUCAUAUCAUGUGCAAUGUUGUGGCUUUAACAUUUUAUGCAACUAUUUAUGAGGACCUCUGUUGUAACUGUAAUAAAUAUAUAGAAAAAGCACAUACUUAGUA